AUGUGUCUUCACUGCUUGGUGGUGGCCGCUGUACUGGGGCACCUGUUGGGGCUCAUGAAGAAAACGGACCGAGAAAAAUUUAACAGUCUUCUCCAUGAAGGCGGCAGAUUGUACGUCCUCGACGAGAUCCGCGGGUUAAAUUUUUCCUCACAGGAAGCUGUGAUUGAGGCCUGGAAGCGUGCAGAUGCAGCUGCUCUAUCCAAUGGCAUCAACCUCAUUGGGAAAGUUCAAGGCCUGCAGUAUGGCGUGCCUGCCUGGGCCAGAUUUGCUAAUGAGAAGCAAAAGCAAAUUGUUGACGACUAG